AUGACAACGAAAGUUCAAUGGAAACGACUCGAUGGAACCAUCGGUCAAAAUCCCAAGCCACGUCAUGGUCAUCGAGCAGUAGCUGUCAAAGAUCUAAUUAUUAUAUUUGGUGGUGGUAAUGAAGGCAUUGUUGAAGAUCUCAAUGUUUAUAAUUGUGCUACAAACCAAUGGUUUCAACCAUUAAUGAAAGGUGAUAUACCAACAGGUUGUGCUGCCUUUGGUUUUGCAACUGAUGGUACACGAAUUCUUGUAUUCGGUGGUAUGGUUGAAUAUGGAAAAUAUUCAGGUGAUCUAUGGGAAUUAAAUCCCAUUAAAUGGGAAUGGAAAAAACUGAAACCAAGAGCACCUCGAACAGCUCCUUUACCAUGUGCUCGACUUGGACAUACAUUAACAUAUGCAGAUGGAAAAUAUUAUCUUUUCGGUGGACUAGCUAAUGAUAGUAAAGAUCCAAAACAAAAUGUUCCUCGAUAUUUAAAUGAUCUCUAUGCGCUUGAAUAUAAAGGUAAUAAUUGUGUUUGGGAACAACCUAUGGUUCGUGGUACAUCACCAACUGAACGUGAAUCGCAUUCAUGUGUUUUUUAUCGUGGUCAAAUUGAAAAUCGACCAAAAUUAAUUAUUUAUGGUGGUAUGAAUGGUCAUCGUUUAGGUGAUCUAUGGAGUUUUCAUCUUGAUUUUUCCCAAUGGACACAAUUGACACCAUCCGGUUUGGGUCCACAACCACGUAGUCUUCAUUCAGCUGUUGUCAUGGGAAAUCGAAUGUUCAUUUUUGGCGGUUGGGUUCCAUUAAUUAUGUCGGAUAAAAAUGAUCAAUAUUCAAAUGAAAAAGAAUGGAAAUGUACUAAUACGCUAGCAGCCUUUAAUUUAGAAACGAAUGGUUGGGAACUUCUCGGACAAGAAUGUCUAGAUGAUAAUGUACCAAGAGCGCGUGCUGGUCAUUGUGCUGUUACUGUGAAUACAAGAAUGUAUAUUUGGAGUGGACGUGAUGGAUAUCGAAAAGCUUGGAAUAAUCAAGUUUGUUGUAAAGAUUUAUGGUGUUUAGAAACGGCGUGUCCUGGUGAACCAGAAAAAGUGCAAUUACUUAAAGCAGGUAUUGGAAAUUUGGAAGUAUCAUGGAAUCCUGUUCCAACUGCUGAUUCUUAUAUCUUACAAAUACAACGUUUUGAAGCACCCGUCGAACAACCUCCAUCAUCAUCUUCUAUUCUUCCAGUAACAUCUCACCCACCAACAAUUCAUCCUCCAUCGUUACCAUUACAAUCAAUAUCGGCUUCUCUUUUUGCUUCGAAGAGUCCACAAUCUGUUCUCGCAUCAUUAAUUCCAACAUUUGCAAAUGAACAACAAUCAACAAGUGUAUCUGUUUCAGCCAUUCCAGAUACAAACGGCGUUGCCGAUCCAUGUCUUUCAUCUUCAACAACAACAACAACAACAGCAGCAGCAGCACUAAAUAAAUCUGCAUCAGAUUUACUUUCAUUCGCUCAUUUAUCUUCUUCACAAACACCGUAUUCAUCGUCAAUCAGUACAGUUAAUGCCCAAUCAUUACCAACUGUCUCUAUAUCACCUUCGAACAGUAUAAACAAUACAAUAUUAUUUCAAAAAACUAUGCCUACAACUAUUUCUUCAUCUAUACAACAAAAUCACCAAUCAAUAUUUAAUUCAACACAAACCGUUCGACCAGCGACUACAUCGAAUAUUCAAUUUCUUAAUACGAAUUCUAGCAGUGGCUCAAAUACUGUUCGUCCAAUAAUCUUUCAUCAAAAAUCAUCAAAUAACUCUACACAACCACAACUUCUUACUGUUAUGCCUGCUGGUGUGCGUGUUCAACAAUUAACACCUGUUGUACGCGGUGCAUCAAAUCAACCAACAACAAUUGUUCGUUUAAUGUCACCAGCAACUACAACAGUGCGGCCAGGUUCUACUGGUCAACAACAAAUUAUACAACUAAAUACUAAUAAGCAACAACAACCAUUAGUUAUUAAAGCAAUAACGGCACAAACCUCAAAUCGACAACACCAACCAAUAUUAUUAACAGGUAAUGCACAACAAAAAACAAUGACAACACAAUCUCAACAACAAGUAUUAGUAUUUAAUCAAAACGCAUUUUCAACGGCAGGUGGGCAGCAACAAAAAUUUACAUUACAGAUGAAAAAUUUUGAUCACAUCAAUCCAACACCAAUUAAUACAACACCGACACCACCACCAUCAACGACCACAAAUACUGAUAACGGCCAACCAGAACCAGCAAUGGAUAGUGUACUUCCUCAGUUGGAUGGUUGCAUUGAUAAUGAAGAUUGUCCUGAUCGUACAACACUAUUGAUUCCACAAUUAGAUGGAACAAUUGAUGACCAAUCCUUACAAAAUGGUACAUCUGAUAUACGAAAUUCUUCUAGUCCAGCACAACUACAAUCAACAACAGAUUUCGGACAUAUUAUCAAUACUGCAUUACAACAACCACUAAAUAAUCAUGAAAAUGCUCAAACAAUAAUAAAUGGUAAUUCAAAGAUUGAGCUACAACAACCAAUAGUUUCAAAUGAUACGAAACCAUCUGAAAACGAUGAUAACGAUGGUUGGCAUUUAAUUGGAACAUUCAAAACAACAACGGUUGAUAUUAAGCAUUAUUAUGUUGUUCCAUCAAAAAUCAAUAUUGAUAAUUAUGACCUUGAUUCACUUCAAGUACAUAAUUUAGUUAAAAAAGUUGAUCUCGAACCUGGUGUUAUCUAUAAAUUACGAAUAGCAGCUGUCAAUGCAUGUGGGCGUGGCCCAUGGAGUGAAGCAGCAGCAUUUAAAACAUGUUUACCUGGUUCACCACCAGCACCAUCUAAUAUUAAAAUUACAAAGACUCCUGAUGGCGGUGCUCAUCUAACUUGGGAUCCUCCAUCGAAUGCAUCACCAUUGAUAACUGGUUAUGCAGUCUAUCUAGCAGUAAAAAAUUCGGGCACCGAUAACACAAUAGCACGUCAACAACAACAAGCAUCACAAAUGGCUUUUGUUCGUGUUUAUGGUGGCGUUUUAGCUGAAUGUUCAGUAAAUGCAGCACAACUUCAUCAAGCUCAUCUUGAUAUAAGUACAAGUAGUAAACCUGCUAUUAUAUUUCGUAUAGCAGCACGUAAUGAACGUGGAUACGGACCAGCAACACAAGUUCGGUGGCUACAAGAUCAACAACAAACACCAUCAAAUAAUUCACUAAAACGAACUGGUUCCAAUGCAAAUUCUUCAUCAUCAAUACCAAAAAAACAAAGGGUAGUGCCAACGGGAGGCUCGUCAAAUGAUGGUUAA